GCGCCGACCAUGGCAGACUUCGACUCAGAGGAGGACAGCGAGAACGAGGGAGGACAAGGCAACGUCGCACGUGUCGUGAUACGACCGCCCGGACACAGCGGCAAGGCCAAGCGAGGCCACCUCUGCUUCGACGCCUCGUUCGAGACGGGGAACCUGGGCCGCGUGGACCUGGUGUCGGAGUUCGAGUACGACCUGUCCAUCCGGCCGGACACAUGCAACCCUCGCUUCCGGCUCUGGUUCAACUUCAGCGUGGACAAUGUGCGUCUGGACCAGAGGGUUAUCUUCAACAUCGUGAACUUCAGCAAGCACAAGAACCUGUUCAGAGACGGCAUGACUCCUCUAGUGAAGUCGACCAGCAGACCAAAGUGGCAGCGGUUGCCGCGGCAGCAUGUGUUCUACUACCAGUCGCCGCAGCACCGCGGCCACCACGUGCUCUCGUUCGCCUUCACCUUCGAGCGUGAGGACGACGCCUACCAGUUCGCGCUGGGCUACCCCUACUCGUACUCGCGCUGCCAGGCGCACCUGGGGCUGUUGGAGGCGCGCCGCCUGCCGCACUUCCGGCGCGAGUUGGUGGCCACCACCGUGCAGCAGCGGCGGCUGGACGUGGUGACGGUGACGCACCCCAGCAACAUGAAGCUGGACGGCCGCAAGCAACACGUUGUGGUUCUGCUGGGCCGCAUCCACCCCGGCGAGUCCCCGGCCUCCUUCGUGUGCCAAGGAUUGAUGGACUUCCUUGUGAGCAGUCAUCCGAUAGCACAAAUUCUUAGGCAACAUAUAGUGUUCAAGAUUAUACCAAUGAUGAAUCCUGAUGGAGUAUUUUUAGGAAACUACAGAUCAACGCUAAUGGGCUUCGAUCUAAAUCGCUCGUGGAACCAAAUAUCUCCCUGGGGACAUCCAACUUUGCACGCUGUCAACAUAAUGCUUACAGAAUUUGAUAAUACUAAGGAAAUAGACUUGGACUUCGUGCUUGAUCUGCACGCGCAUUCAAGCUUACUGGGAGUGUUUAUGUACGGCAACACAUAUGACGACGUAUACAGGUAUGAGCGGCACAUAAUGUUCCCCAAGAUGUGGGCGCAGAACACAGAGGACUACGUGACUGCCAACACCAUGUACAACAGAGACCCUGCCAAAGCAGGCACUGCAAGAAGGCACUUCUGCAACACCUUGAGUAAAUCUGUCAACUGCUACACGCUGGAAAUAUCAUUCUAUGGGUACAAGAGGCCCAAUGGAUCAGAAUUCCUAACAUACACGGAAGAAUCAUACUUGAGGCUGGGGCGCAGCCUGGCGCGCACCUGCCUGGACUACUACCGCGCCGUGGGGGUGGUGGCGGCAGGCCUGCCAACCUCGCCCGGUGCCCGAGCCAGUUGCCACUCGCGCCCGCACAGGGGGCAGCACUUGUCGCGCGAGAGCUCGCCCCUGUCAGCACGUCGCACCCAGGAGCGACGAUCAGCCAUCACACUCCACUGCCACGAGAUACCGACCCUGGAGCUGAGGCUGUCGCGACUGUCGCUGUCGGCGGGACAAAAGAAGCUGGCGGGCAGGAAGGUUGGCAGACCUGCGCCGGCCUGCUGGUCCGGGACUCUCAGCACGGCGUGGGUCACGCCGAGACGCAACGAACCCCCUCGCCUGUCCAUCAUCGACUUCAACCAGCUCGUGCGGAACGGUCUGGAGCAAGCGACCGGCAACAAGCGAGCAUCGAGGAAGUCGCCCUCUUUAUAUGUCUUCCAUGGCGAUCGAUAAGAACGAACAACUCUCCAUCACUAUGCGAUCCAUUUCAUCCACCAGAAAACACAGGUUUGAAUAUGUCGCUCAUCGCUAGGGUUGACAUCAAGCACAACAAUCAAUUACUUUUUUUAAUACCAUAUUUACUCUUUUAACAAAUCUGUGAAAGUCUGUAAUAAGAGGCUAUUAUUGAAAUAAACAUUUGAUAAUAACUUU